UCCUCCAGGACUCUGACAGAGCUUUUAAAGCAGCCAGGCGAGGCCGGAGCAGUGGACGGAACUGGGGUUCACCAUCCUUUGGGGACCAACGGCAUUUCUGCCCGGGUGAUACGCUCCAACAACGAUCACAACCAUUUGAACAAUGCAGCCUUGUCUCCGCUCGGUCCUGCCAUGGCCUUGUCUCACCCUCAUAACAACCUGGGAAUCGGCUUCAACAAGUACACAUCGCUGAAGGCUAUGGAGACGACAACAAGGGAUUACUACAAGAGCUACCCAAUGGUAGAUUACACCCACCGCCAGUCCCCUCCCACUUUCCAGCCGAUCAACUUCCAUCCGAAGGACAAACCCUUCCUCCCGCCGCCCGACAUCCACGCGCCACUCGCCAUCACCAUCAACACCUCCCAAAUGCCCAAGCCUAAGAUUUCCAAGACCAACACCCACCCGCUCACCUCCAGCUCAGCCUUCAAAGUAUGGGACCCCAGUAAGAGCCAUGUCUCACACCCGGUGGCCACGCACAUAGCCCUGCAGGGGCCGGGGCAGCAUCACCCCAUCCAGCAGCAGCACCACCAGCCGCUGCAUCAGCAGAACAGCCGUCGCCAGGCUUACUCCAACAAGAGGCAGUUUAGCAUCGAGACGCUGCCCGAGCUCUUCUCACAGCCGCUGGGCUACGGCCACUCGCCGCGCAUGCUCCCCAAGCACAAGGGACUGCCCACCAACAGCAAGACCGAAGUCACCGUCUGAACAUGUGGCUGUGAACGGCCAAAGAAACCCAAGUGGAGUUGUGAGGGAAGAAGUGUUCAGAUAUCAUUGAUAUAUACAUAUAUAUAUAUAUAUAUAUAUAU